GCUCUAUCCUCUGUCUUGCACUCACAUGCCGCGCAUUUCGCGACAUAGCACUCAAUUUCUUUUAUUCUCACCUGCGCGGCAUCCGGCCUCUUAUUAAGUCCCUGUCUGACUCGGAAUUGGUUCUCUCGGACAGUGUCCCCAGUGCUUACAUCUGAAACGUUCAACUCAUUAGUCCCCUAUGCUGCACGCGUCAAGCUCCUCUUCAUGCCAUAUGAUCACAAGUGGACUUCAUAUGCAUUCCUCCUUGCAAGUGCGCCCAAAGACGCCCUGAUAUUUCCCAACCUGCGCUCGCUUACAUGGUGCGAUUGGCGUGUCACCUCCAUCCCAGCCCUCAGCCUCUUCCUACAUACCCUCGAGACCCUCUACCUCGACAUCUCAGAAGCGCCAUUUCGCCAGGCCAUCAUCCCUUACCUCUAUAUCACUGCCCCUCACCUCAAAGCUCUCGAGUUUGCGGGCGAUGUCCUCAGAGCCCCCUCGGAAAUCGAGUUGCUGUUUCUCAGUUAUCCUGAGGGUCUCACAGAAUUUUCAUUCACAUGCUGCAAUAUCUCAAGUGGCUUGCUCGAUGUUAUUGCCGCAUGGCCACGCCUCCGAUGGCUCACUCUCCAACUGGGUUUCGAAAGCAUCUCCACUGUACCACUUCGUGCGCCCCAGACAUUUCAGGUACUCGUUCACUUGCGUAUCUUGUGCGGCAAUCUGGGCAUUGUCACAUCUUUCCUGCGCACCUUCCGAAUGCUCCGGAUGGAUUGUGAUACGUAUUCCUUCGAAUACCCAAACCUCAAAACAAUUCAGAUCGAUGUACGAGAGUGCAACACAACCAGCAUCUGGAUUCUGGUCCGAACUCCUCAGAAGUCUCACAUGUACAAAGCUAGAGCACCUCAUUCUCAAAGAAUGGUGUCACAGGUGUGACGGUCAGCACAGCUACUGUACAUCUGCAUUCUUUGAUUUACAUCCCCUCCUCGCGCACCCCAUCGCCCUCGCAGGGCUGAGGACCCUUGUUCUCUCCCCAAACAAUGCUUCGACCAUCACACUCACCGACACGGACAUUGUCAUACUUGCUCGCACAUGUCCAUAUCUCGCUGUCUUUGACCUAAGGGCACGCAACACGCCUAUAUCCCUGUAUGCCUUAAGCUUCCUUGUAGGGCGCUGCCGCGAGCUGCGCCAGGUCUUGGUCUGCGUGGACGCGCGUCUGGACGCGCUUGGAAGAACGCUUCCAAAGAACGAUGCCAGCAACGACCGAGUGAGUCUGCAACCCAAUACGCGCCUGCUCGGACUACACAUCGGGGAAUCGCCUAUUGCAUGUGUGGGCCUUUUGCGCCCAUCGACGGCGCCAGACUUGAUGAGGUCUAUCCCACGGUUCUUGCACACGAUGGCGCCGCGGGUUGAGUGUAUCAUGAAGCCGUCGUUCGAGGGGAGGUAUGCGCGGAGGUGGAAGAUGGUGUCGACUGCUUUGUCGGUAAUGGUGAAGGAGGCGAAAGAUAAAGCUGAGGAUGAUGACGUGCUUCAUGCCAUGGAUGUGCUGCUUUAGGGGGGUGCGCGCACGAGACGAUGCUGUUUGGCUUUGGCUUUGGGGUGAUCACACCAAUCUAGACAUACUCUAUGUAGGACAAUACGUUACAGUCUAAAGGAACCCCCAGUGUCCCCAUCGCAUCUCCGAGUGCACGAAAGCUACGGUGUUAAUCAUGUUGUGCACUCGCUCAUUUUUCCUUCCGUGCGCUAUUAAAGUACUUGCAUCAGAC